UUAGAGCAUAACAAGAGUGACACGUUGAAUUCGCCAUAAUCAAGGAAACCUUUUCCGGGUGGGGAUCUCUGAAAUCACUCAGUGAGCAACCCUAAUUAACCUGAUUUUUUGCUGAUAAUCACUCUCAAUGGAAUCAAAUCACAAAUCCGGGGAUGGAUUGAGCGGAACCCAGAAGGAAGCAGCUCUCCGCGCACUGGUCCAGCGCACAGGAUAUAGCUUGGUCCAGGAAAAUGGACAAAGAAAGUACGGUGGUCCCCCGCCUGGCUGGGAUGCUGCACCCCCAGAAAGGGGCUGUGAAAUUUUUAUUGGAAAACUCCCCCGAGACCUUUUUGAAGAUGAGCUUAUCCCACUGUGUGAAAAAAUUGGUAAAAUUUAUGAAAUGAGAAUGAUGAUGGAUUUUAAUGGCAACAAUAGAGGCUAUGCAUUUGUAACAUUCUCAAAUAAACAGGAAGCCAAGAAUGCAAUCAAGCAACUUAAUAAUUAUGAAAUCAGAAAUGGGCGUCUCUUAGGGGUUUGUGCCAGUGUGGACAACUGCCGAUUGUUUGUCGGGGGAAUCCCAAAGACCAAAAAGAGAGAAGAAAUCUUAUCAGAGAUGAAAAAGGUCACCGAAGGAGUCGUGGAUGUCAUCGUCUACCCAAGUGCUGCAGAUAAAACCAAAAACCGUGGCUUUGCCUUCGUGGAGUAUGAGAAUCACCGGGCAGCUGCCAUGGCCCGGAGGAAGCUUCUUCCAGGAAGAAUUCAGUUAUGGGGACAUCCUAUUGCAGUAGACUGGGCAGAGCCAGAAGUAGAAGUUGAUGAAGACACAAUGUCCUCAGUGAAAAUCCUGUACGUAAGAAACCUAAUGCUGUCUACCUCAGAAGAGAUGAUUGAGAAAGAAUUCAAUAACAUUAAACCAGGUGCUGUGGAAAGGGUGAAGAAAAUCCGAGACUAUGCUUUUGUGCACUUCACUAACCGAGAAGAUGCAGUGGAGGCUAUGAAAGCUUUAAAUGGGAAGGUGCUGGACGGGUCACCCAUUGAAGUGACCCUAGCCAAACCAGUGGACAAGGACAGUUACGUUCGGUACACCCGAGGAACAGGCGGAAGGGGCUCCAUGUUGCAGGGAGAGUACACCUACUCUUUGGGCCACGUUUACGACCCCACCACCACCUACCUUGGAGCCCCUGUCUUCUAUGCCCCCCAGGCCUACACAGCGAUUCCCAGCCUUCAUUUCCCAGCCACCAAAGGACAUCUUGGCAGCAGGGCCAUUAUCCGGGCCCCUUCUGUUAGAGAAAUUUACAUGAAUGUACCUGUAGGGGCUGCGGGAGUGAGAGGACUGGGCGGCCGUGGCUAUUUGGCUUACACAGGCCUGGGCCGGGGAUACCAGAUCAAAGGAGACAAGAGAGAAGACAGACUCUAUGACCUUUUACCUGGGAUGGAGCUCACCCCAAUGAAUCCUGCCACUUUAAAGCCCCAAGGAAUUAAACUUGCUCCCCAGAUACUGGAAGAAAUCUGUCAGAAAAAUAACUGGGGACAACCUGUGUAUCAACUUCACUCUGCCAUUGGACAAGAUCAAAGACAACUCUUCUUAUACAAAAUAACCAUUCCUGCCCUGGCCAGCCAGAAUCCUGCCAUCCAUCCUUUCACACCUCCGAAGCUAAGUGCCUAUGUGGAUGAAGCAAAGACAUACGCGGCUGAGUACACCCUGCAGGCCCUGGGCGUCCCCACUGAUGGAGCCGACGCCCAGACCGCCGCUGCUGCCGCCGCUGCUGCUACUGCGUUUCCAGGCUACGCUGUCCCCAGUCCAACUGCGUCUGUGUCUGCAGCCCAGCUCAAGCAAGCAGUGACCCUGGGACAAGACUUGGCAGCGUAUGCAGCAUAUGAGGUCUACCCCACUUUUGCAGUGACUGCCCGAGGGGAUGGAUACGGAACCUUCUGAAGACAUCUUUGUCUUAAGAAUAAAACACACAAACUCAGUCCAGGAGAAAUAAACCUCUAACUCAGUCUCCCAAUGAUCACAAUACUUGUCCCAAGUGAUGCCUGUCCUGAGACUGUACAACUUAUAUUAAUUGUAAAAAUUAUGCUAAGAGGACUUUAUACCUAACUAAAUGCAAUGUUAAGGAGCCAUUUAUCUAAACAGAUAGCUAAAGAGUUAUUGUCCCCAAACGUUUUUCUUUCAGGGUUCCUGAGGGUUUGGGGAGCAUGUUUACAAACCUUGACAAAGUAGAGAGAGACCUUUUAGCCAGCAAGAAUUCAGGAGCGAAACAGACUUGGGCAACCAGUAACAACCAAAGGAGCCAAGUAGUUCCAGUCUUAGGCCCUGGCUUACAGCUUUAAUACACAGUCACAAAAGACAGAGGGAAGGCAGGAGAUGCGUUUCCAAGUCCAUUUCCCAUUGCCCACUGCAUGGGGCAUGUUCAUAGCCUGGAGCUUGUGAGAGAUUGUCCAAGGUUUAAGGGAAUCAGCGUCAUGUCAGUCUGAAAAAUUCCAUCCAGUCAUUUUGUUGUGGGUCAGGAUCUUCUCAUCCCCUGCAUCCCCUGGGGACUUGGUAAUUGAUGUGAUCUGUUAUAGCUAUUGUUAAAACAAAUCCAGGCCCAUCGUUUGUUAACUCAUUAGCCCACACCUCUUUUUCCCUAGAACUCCUACCAAUCCCAAGGAUCCCCAGAAGAUAAUUGUCAUACCAGCAUGAAAUGACUUUUUCUCAUUUUAAACAUCCUGACUUGUUCAUAGUGAUUUAUUUUCCUCUCAGUCUCAUUUUGCUCAUCUUCAAUAUUGUAAAAAUUAAAUCAAAUCUACAGAAUACCAUUUAUGAUACUUUUCCCUAUUCACAUUGGCUGAAAAGUCACUUCAAACUAAGAGGGGAGUGAAGAUUUACUCAUAUUUCUUUGAUGUUUUUGCAGUACCUAGCCCACCAUCCAGCAUUCAGAGACAGUUAUAUCAUCUUACGUUCAGCCAUGGACUCUCUAACCCACCUGUACUAAAUCUGCUGAGAAAUCCACUGCCUUUUCUUCCUUUCACUUUCAGUAAGUAUCAGACCGCUUUACCAUAUCUGAGUCCUUUGGUCUUGAAAAUUAUCACAGGAGAACCUCACGUCCAUCACUGAAUAUUAGAAGCUGAGUCUUCAGAUAUUCAGCAAAGGUGCUAUUUAUCAAAAUCUCCAGAGUUUGAGGCCUCUUCUCUAGAACAUCCGAGGUGAGAGUGCUACAGAAACUGGGAUGGAGACGGGAGUAGAAGGCACUGCUUUCUUUUUGUACUUGUAAAUGAUGGCUUUUUGUUCAAAACAGACAUAAGCAAAGUCCACACACAGAAUACCUAUUAUGAACCACUGCAGUCUCAUUAGUGGUGAAAGACAUUCAGUACUCAAUUUCCAUUUCAAAAAUCCCUUGGCCUUUGUAGAAUUCUGCAAGACUAAAGGGCGAACAUAAACACCAAAGUGUAGAAAAACGUGUUAACUCUUGAAUGGAAUGCUACGAUCCAAAUGAUCGGUCCAGAUUCCAGUCAAAAUCAGGUAAAUUCCAACAAUUACGAGUCCUUGUAACCUUUCAGUUCUGUUAACUCCAGUCAGGUAUCGAAGGCUUCAAGGCUACAGCUGAAACACUGAAAGGCCUGGUGCUUUCAAUUUUCUGUUUUACUUUUCUUAUUUCCAAGGACAGUGUUUCCCAGACUUGACUGCACAUUAGAAACACCUGGAGAGCUUUUCAGCCCACCAAAGCCAAGGUCACACCUCAUACCAAUUACAUCAGAAUGUCCUGGGAUCGGAGCCUGACAUCAGUAGUUUUUUGGGUUUUUUUUUAAGAUCCUUAGGUGAUUCAAGAAUGCAGCUAAAUUUGGGAACUGCUGUAUUCUUUGUAUUUCCACUCUGUUUAAAAAAAAAUUUUGUUUUAAAUUUCACUUUUAUUAAGUAGAAAGAUGCAUGAAGAAAAAAUGUCUAAUAAAUGAAAACAAAUAGCCAGAUCUUAGUUUUAAAUAUAUUCAUCUCAUGAGAAGUAUAGAUGUGACUGUAAUUCAUACUGGCUUCAAACUCACUCUUGGGCCAAACCAAUUCUAAAUAGAAGAAAGUGAAAAAUAUUUCCUUAAGCAAUUCUUAGGUUUAAAUUUAUACCCCCCCCAUGGACCUGCUUUCAUACUCACGGAGAAUAAUUACAGUGAAGGCAGGCAAAUUUCUACUCAGUCCAAAGAAGCAUUUCAAAUUCCAAGGAUGAAAGUUUCAAUGCUCUUUAAAAUCUUUGAAAAUAAACAGAAAAAAAGUCACUCUGCAUGGCUAGUAUAUGUACAAUAGAAGGUCCGAUCCAGAGUAGUUUAAAACGUAAUCAAAAAGAACAAUUAGUUAAUAUAAGAAUCUCUUUAUGAGAAAAAAAUUAUUAUUCCAAAUUAAAUCAUAAUCACAUUUUUAAAGGUUAAGAGCAGAAACAUAAAUAUACAAUAAUACCAAAGUGUAAAGAAAAUUUCCACUGGAAUAUCAGCUCAUUCUUGCUCAAAGGCAAACAAGCAUUCAUGACAUUUACUUCCUGAGUGCUAGUUUUAUUCAAGUGAGUAGAUACAGUUUUAUUUUUUUGCUAAAACUUUAUUCUAGUAAAAUUUAGGGAAUCCCAUUUAGAACAUAAAUCAUGAAAAUUUCAGUGUGUUCACCAUACCAUAUGUUUUCAUUCCCUUUGCCCAAAUUAAGUAAUGUAGAAUAAGUCCCACUGUGAUGAAUUUGAAACUUUAAAACUUGAGAUUUAAAUAUAAAAGCAAAUGUAGAACCACAGUUUCUUUUCACAUGUUCAUGUUUUUGGACUUCAGAAAUUAGCACUUAUCUAAUACCUAUCAUUCUUUGUGUAUUGAUAUUUUCCUAUUUCUUAAUUUAUUGCUUAGUAGAAAAAAAAUCUCCAUAGAAAAAUUUAAAAUCAACGUACCAAGUGAUAAAAACAAAAUACCUAAGCCGAUAAUCUAGAAACAUCUAGUAAGUUAGAGUUGGGUUUCUAAAUUUGGGUAUUAAUAGCUUAGUGAGAAUUAAAAUCAGUCCUAUAGUUCUUAGGAGGAGAUACAAUAGCAGUGAGAUUAGAUGUCAAUUUUUUUUCUCUGUAAAAAUGCUCCUUUUCUUAAAUUGUUGAAUUUCUCUCCCACCCCAUUAAUAUAGCUAGAACUGCCCUUAACUGCCACAAAAUAUAAUUUUCCUAGAUGACUAUCCAUACCCAGCCAACCCUGCUCAAACCUAGUAUCAUGCCAAACCACACUGUAUUCGGGUGACAGCACCCAAAAUGCUGCUAGGAAGCUACCUCAUGUUAAGAAAACAUCAACUUCAAGAAAUAUCUAACAAAUAAGAACAUAUUUCCAAACCACAGAUAUUUAACUUUUUAAUGGUGGAUGGAAAUUAAAUUAUAGCUAUGUAUUGGUAACAGAUAUGCAGGAAAUUACUUUCAGUCUUACUUAAAAGUUAAAAGUUUUUUUAAAAAAUAAAACAAAAUAUUCUUCCAGUCAUAUAGAUUAGCUUUUCAGAAAUGUUACCUCGAUGUUAAUUUUUAACUUAUGUUCUUUUUCACUGCAUUUUUAAAUGACUAUUUUAUAGUUCUUUCUCGGGCAACUGGGUCACAAUUUGAAUUCAUGGGGAUAGGGAGAUUUUUCCAGGGUGCCUUGGCAGAAUAAGGGUCAAUAAAGAAAGCUAGGAUUUAUCAGUAAAUUGUCUUGUAUUCAAAGCUACAAAGUUUGAUAAAGUUUGUUAUUAUUGUACAACUCCAGCCCUAGCCCAGAUUUCCCAAAAGGAACUUAGAACUAAAAGGGAACAAUACAAGUCCAUAGUCAUGUAUCCCCUUCACCCUUGAACUCAUAUAGAAGUUUCCAGGAGGCAAAAACAAAGCUACAGUUUAAACUAGAGAAUCCUUACUUUUCAUAUUUUGUAGAUACAUUUUUAUAUACUGUAAAGACAUCUAUUAGAGACAAACUAAGUUUCAAAUAUGAUACCAUAAGUGAACUUUGUGAUAAACACUUUUAAGAGAAAAUAUUAAUAGCACAACUUAGGAAUUUUAAUAUAUUUAUUGAAAGAGAAGACAAUAGACAUUCCUACCUGACAAGCAACAGCUGUCUACUGGUUUUGUUAAUUUGUCAAAUCUGAUGUUGAUAUUUCACUUCAUUCUAGCAAUAUCUUGAAAAUACUCUCAGUUAAAUGAGAUCAUAGUCAUAAAACAUGUCAAGUAUUCACCAGGCUAUAUAUUUGUAUUUGCCAACAUUAGAACAAAGCCAAACAUAUCCUGCUAUAAUUAGUGAAACUACUAGGAAAAUAAGAUAUUUUUUCUGACUCCCCCCGUACCUAUCUCUUUACUUAUGGGGUAAAACAUAAAAUUUUUUUUUACUCAAUAAAAAAAUGGGUAUAGAAUAUUCUAUUGCCCUGCAAAUGCCAACAUUUUAAAAGCCAGCUUUUUCUUGCAAUGUUAUACAGAAUAUAGAAUGAACAGGUAUAAUAGGGACAGCAAUGUAUACCUUGAACACAGAGACUCAUUUAUGGAAGAUAGCAGGCUUUACACAUGCCCCGUUGCCCUCAGUUUUGUAGGAAAGAUAAAACAAUACCUUAUACUUUAGCUAGCAGUGAAGAGAAGUUCAUAACCAAUCUUGAAGUAAAAAACAAUAUGAAACCAGAAGGCUGCAUUCAUUCAAAAAUGCCUGGAAUAAAAUAUAGAAUACUUCUGUAUCUACCUCUCUCUUGUGGACAUCUCUCCUAUUUUGAGGGAGAAAUCAAGAAAAGAAGAUGCCCCCACUCUCUCUUCGCAUAUGUUACUUUGCCUAAAAGGGAGGAGAAAUAGCAAGAAAUAGCUCUUUAAAGAAAGUAAGCUGCCAGCAGGAAUUUCUUAGAGACAAACGAGCAUCCACGCCACUCAUUGUUUAAUAGCAUCUCUCUGGAGUGACUGCACAUCCUGGUUUGCCAGGACAGUGUAGGCUUACAUUUGUUGUCCCAUUAUAAAUAUUAACUAUCAACAAUUAAAACAAACAAUUGUCCCCCUUACUCUCAAACAUGUCUCAGUUUAGACAACAAAUUAUACAGUGACUCCAUCUUUGCGGCUCUUUUUGUUUUCUUGAUGUUGUCAGUGUGGCUUUAUUGUCUCCAGCGCAGAUAUAGCUUAAACUAAAAGACCUGACCACUUCUUGCUGACUGGGGUAGGAACAUGGUGAACAUAACAAUGCAUCAUCUUCUCCUCCAGCGUUACCCUCGAUCCACUGUCUGUCUAGCUGAGUCUCUAUGACCCCAUUCUGGCCCUUGCUUUCUUCCCACUGCCCCUGGGUGCCUGUUAUUCACUGAGCUAGCAGCCACUUGGCCAAAGAGUGCAGCAGAAAAGAUGAAAAAUAGCCCUUAGAGGCAUGUGCUUGGUCUGUCAAAAUCUGGAGGGCAUUUGCAAGGUCUUAGAGCACUUGCUGGUUUCUUUCUUUCUUGAACCAAGUUACCUGCACCUCAAAACAGAAAGGAUUUCCUAUAUAAAGCUUCACAGUAAGAGGCAUGUUGCCUUUUCCCCUCCUUCUGUGUCUUACAGAUUUGCUCAAACACUAACUCCCUUGCAUUUAAUUCACCAUUAUGGUUAUUUAUCAACUAUUCUUCACCCCUCAUCUUCAUAUAAUCCCAUAUAAAGAUUUUAUUAUUUGUAAUGGAAAAUAAUACUAAUAGAUAGAAAUUCCUGUUAAAAAGGAAAGUUUUUCACUCUUCCUUUAUUCUCUUUACUGAGUGUUAUUAGUCUCUAUUGCUAUUAGACCACAAAAAUAUUCAUAAAAUGUAUGAUCAGUCUGUUUUACUAUGCACUUACUCUUAUGCCAGAAACUGUGAAUACAAAUUUUUUAAAAAGUUUUUUCUCUCAGUGGGGUACACAGUCUAGUGAUCCAUUAUGCAGUUUUUAAAAAUGAAUAUAAUUGCACAUAUUUAAGUACAUCAGCUGGUAGGUUUUGUCAUUUAGUCAGAAUCCUCAAAAUAAAUCAACUCUGCUCUAAACUUUAUUUCCAGCCAAACACUAGGUUGGUACAGUAGGCCUUUUUAAAGACAAAUAAGUAAAAAUUAGUUUUCAAAUAUUUUCCCCAGGAGAAACAUAACAGACUAUCCAAAAAUUUUAAAAGGAAGAAAAAAUAUAGUUAGAGAUCCAGGGGAGCUUUAAAACAUGGAGUUGACAAAUUCACUUAUUGACUUAUGAUCUUAAUGAGCAGGGAUCCAUGCUUUUUAUUUACUUGAGAACAUUUUGGUUAUUAACUAUUUCUAUUUUCUAAGUAUACCUGUGUUUAUAAAAUUUAACAAAGUUUAACAAUCCUUGUCUAUACCUUUAUUUCUUUCCAGUAGAUGAUUUACAAUGAAGUAUACACACUUUUUCCAAACGUAAAUUUUGAAACUUUGCAUUUUCUGCAAUAAUUCAUAAGAGAGAUUUGAGCUCCUAGGCUGAAGAUCAGUCUGUUUAAAUCAAUUUGUUAUUAUCAGUGGUUUAAAGAUGUGAUGUAAUUAUUGGCAUUUUAUCCCUAUUUCUUCAUGAGUUCUUUUUUUUUUUCUACUUUUCUGACUACAAUAUAGCCAGAUAUUAUCUCUACUCUUGAUAAAAAGCAUGCUGUCUGCAAAAUGCAUCUCUAGUUUCUAGAUGUUAAGCAAUUUCUUGCUUCUUUUCCUUCUUGCUAUUAUUGACAUUAUUUAUGUGAAGUUAGUUAGCUGAGGUACCAAAGAAAGAAACGAAAACAGUGUUAAAGAGUGUGCAUAAGGCACUUAUUUUUGUACUUUGCGUACAAUGUUUUAUAAAACUCUGUGAUCUAUCUAAAUAUACUGAGUAAAAUUACAACAUUCAUUCAUCGGGAAAGUAAUCAUUGGUUUGGAAGAUAUAAGGCGCACUAUAGAAGCAUAAAGCUCAUAAGAUAAUCAAUAAUGUGAUAUUGUAAUGAUUAGUGUAAUUCCAGGAUGGUAAAAUGAUUUUAAUUGAAUUUUCAAGUACCAUUAUAAAAUUUUAAAAAGGA